AUGUCUGAGCCCUCGCAAGGCACGACUACCGAAGCCAACCAGGCCACCAAGCAGCCGCUCGCCCUCCCCGCUCCUUCCGACGACGAGACCGCUCGCAUCGAGGUGAACGGCCAGUCGUACUCGCUGUUUGACAGGCUGGGUCCGACGGUCGUGAACAGUGACGGGACACUCUCGCGGAUCACAGACUGGGCAGAGCGGACGCCGGCAGAGCGCGCGAACAUCCUGCGCGUACUCGGCAAGCGCAAUCAGCUGCGAUUGGCGGCGACGAAGGACCGAUUGGAGGCUGAAGGGGAUGAGGCGGACAAGCAGGCAGAUUGA